AUGUCCACGGCGGUUGGCACGACCCUCUGCGUCCCGCGCCCAUCUUCCGGGCUUAACCCCAACCAACCCAUGCUGGUGAAAGCUGCGCCUCCUGCGGGCAUACCGCCGCACCACGUCUUGAUCGAAGUCGACCGCUUCGGCUUCAGCGCGAACAACGUCACGUACCAGGCGCUCGGCGAAGCGCCGCACUUCAGGUAUUUCGAAUACCAUUAUCCGCCCACAACCGAUGUCGUAUCCUCAAAAACACACGGCCUCAUCCCCGUAUGGGGCUUCGGCACCGUCGUCCUCUCCACCUCCCCCUCGCUCCCCGUCGGCGAACGUGUCUACGGCUACCUCGCACCCACCACCCACCUCCUCGUUCCCAUAUCACACUCUUCAUCCCCAUCCUCUCCCAACGUCUUUAUCCCGCGCCCGCACCUCCCGCCCGACCGCCGACCGUACAACACCCUCACCCUGUGCUCUCGUGACCCGCAAUAUGUAUCCUCCGACCCGCACCUCGAGGACCUCACGAUGCUCUACCGCCCGCUGUUUUGGACCGCGUUUUGGUGCGAGGACUGGUUGCACGCCUCGGGGUAUCGUGGCGGGGCAAGACGCGUCCUGAUAUCCUCCGCGUCGGCGAAGACGGCGUUCUGUCUGGCUUACUUGAUCCGCAAGCGGAAGCUGCAGGGGAUGAAGGUGGUGGGGUUGACGUCGAAGAGGAACUUGGCGUUCACGAAUGGACUGGGGCUGUACGACGAGGUGUCGGAAUACGACUCGUUCGCCUCGUCUAAUGCUCUGAACUUGAAAGAUGGAGACGGCGCCCAGGAGGAAUGGAUAUACAUCGACGUCGCCGGGAACGACGACCUGAACAACAAGAUAUUCGCUCAUUACAAGGGAAGCGGCAAACUCACUGCAAGCAUCCAACUCGGGCUCAGCACGUUAUCACCUUCUUCCCCCGAAGGCUCGUCCACCAAGUGGACGACCAACACCGCCCUUGAGGUUUCACAUGCUCAGACCCCAAAAGACGCGCCGACUCUUGAACAAUUUUUCAUGCCAGAGUGGCUCACCCUCCGCCGGCGCCAGCUUCCUACCCCCACCAUCCUCUCAAUGCAAAACAAGGCCUGGGCGGAGCUUAUGCAGGAUGGCAAGGGCUGGGUGCGUAUAGAGAGGACUCGUGGGGAGAAUGUGCGAAGGGCAUAUGAGCGCGUUGCAAGCAACGGCGUAGGGGCCGAGGUGGGCGAGGUGUGGAGUCUGUGGGAUGUGGAGGAGAAAGGAGUGGCUGUAGCAAAGUUAUGA